AUGAGCCAGCCCAGGCCCCGCUACGUGGUGGACAGAGAUGCAUACUCUCUCACCCUCUUCGAUGACGAGUUUGAGAAGAAGGACCGGACGUACCCACUGGGAGAGAAACUCAGCAACACUUUCAGAUGUUCCUCAGCCAAGAUCAAAACCACAGUGUUCGGGCUGCUCCCCAUUCUCUCUUGGCUCCCCAAGUACAAGAUCAAAGAAUACAUCAUCCCCGACCUUCUUGGCGGCCUCAGCGGUGGAUGCAUCCAGGUCCCACAAGGCAUGGCAUUCGCUCUGUUGGCCAACCUUCCUGCAGUCAACGGCCUCUACUCCUCUUUCUUCCCCCUCCUGACCUACUUCUUCCUGGGGGGUAUCCACCAGAUGGUGCCAGGUACCUUUGCCGUUAUCAGCAUCCUGGUGGGUAACAUCUGUCUGCAGCUGGCCCCAGAGUCGAAAUUCCGGGUCUUCAACAAUGCCACCAAUGAAAGCUAUGUGGACACGGGGGCCAUGGAGGCCGAAAGGCUGCAUGUGUCAGCAACGCUAGCCUGCCUGACGGCCGUCAUCCAGAUGGGCCUGGGCUUCAUGCAGUUUGGCUUUGUGGCCAUCUACCUCUCUGAGUCCUUCAUCCGGGGCUUCAUGACGGCCGCUGGCCUGCAGAUCCUGAUCUCCGUGCUCAAGUAUAUCUUCGGACUGACCGUCCCCUCCUACGCAGGCCCAGGGUCCAUCGUCUUUACCUUCAUUGACAUUUGCAAAAACCUCGCUCAUACCAACAUCGCCUCGCUCAUCUUCGCUCUCAUCAGCGGUGUGGUCCUGGUGCUGGUGAAGGAGCUCAAUGCCCGCUACAUGCACAGGAUCCGUUUCCCUAUCCCAACAGAGAUGAUUGUGGUAGUGGUGGCAACAGCUAUCUCUGGGAGCUACAAGAUGCCCAAAAAAUACCACAUGCAGAUCGUGGGAGAGGUCCAACCUGGCUUCCCCACUCCCGUGUCGCCUGUGGUUUCGCAGUGGAAGGACAUGCUUGGCACGGCCUUCUCCCUGGCCAUCGUGGGCUAUGUCAUCAACCUGGCUAUGGGCCGGACCCUGGCCAACAAGCACGGCUAUGAUGUGGAUGCUAACCAGGAGAUGAUCGCCCUGGGCUGCAGCAACUUCUUCGGCUCCUUCUUUAAGAUCCAUGUCAUUUGCUGUGCUCUCUCUGUCACUCUGGCCGUGGACGGAGCUGGAGGAAAAUCCCAGGUGUCAAGCCUGUGUGUGUCCCUGGUGGUGAUGGUCACCAUGCUGGUCCUGGGGUCCUAUCUCUAUGCUCUCCCCAAGUCUGUGCUAGGAGCCCUGAUUGCUGUCAACCUCAAGAAUUCUCUCAAGCAACUCACCGAUCCCUACUACCUGUGGAAGAAGAGCAAGCUGGACUGUUGCAUCUGGGUGGUGAGCUUCCUCUCCGCCUUCUUCCUGAGCCUGCCCUACGGUGUGGCCGUGGGGGUCACCUUCUCCGCCCUGGUUGUGGUCUUCCAGACCCAGUUUCGUAAUGGCUCUGCUUUGGCCCAAGGCACAGACACUGACAUUUACGUGAAUCCCAAGACCUACAAUAGGGUCCAAGAAAUCCAAGGUAUAAAGAUCGUCACUUACUGCUCUCCUCUCUACUUCGCCAACUCAGAGAUCUUCAGGCAAAAAGUCAUGGCCAAGACAGGUGUGGACCCCCAGAAAGUGUUGCUGGCUAAGCAAAAGCACCUCAAGAAGCAGGAGAAGGGGAGAACGAUGCUCACGCAACAGAGGAAGUCUCUGUUCAUGAAAACCAAGACUGUCUCCCUGCAGGAGCUCCAGCAGGACUUUGAGAACGGCUCCCCGACCGACCCCAACAACAACCAGACGCCUGCUAACGGCGCCAGUGUGUCCUACAUCACCUUCAGCCCUGACAGCUCCACCGCUGCCCACUGCGAGCCCCCAGCCCCUGCUAAGCCCAGUGACAUGCUGGCCAGCGUCCCACCCUUUGUCACCUUCCACACCCUCGUCCUAGACAUGAGUGGGGUCAGCUUUGUGGAUCUGAUGGGCAUCAAAGCCCUGGCCAAGCUGAGCUCCACCUAUGAGAAGAUCGGGGUGACAGUCUUCUUGGCGAACAUUCACGCCCAGGUGUACAAUGACAUCAGCCAGGGAGGCCUCUUUGAAGACGGGUGUCUAGAGAGCAGUCACGUCUUUCCCAGCAUACACGACGCGGUCCUUUUUGCCCAGGCACAGGCCAGGGAAGUGGCCCCAGGACAGGACUUCCAAGGGGCGCCCGUGGACCCUGAGCUUUCUCUGUAUGAGCCGGAGGAGGACAGCCCCAGCUACUGGGAUUUAGAGCAGGAGAUGUUCGGAAGCAUGUUUCAUGCAGAGACCCUGACUGCCCUGUGA